AAAAGAGCCGUUCAGGAGCCCUCGUUCUUCUGGGUGCUAAAAACAAGCGAACCUCCUUCAGGAGGAGGAGGAUGAACGUUUCAGAUCAGCUCAGAUCUCUGCAGUCGGACAGUCGGAUGGUGAAGCAGCGAGACGCUGUGGACGGCAGCUGAUGGAGCAGAGCUACGGGGAGGUGAACCAGCUCGGCGGGGUGUUCGUGAACGGUCGCCCGCUGCCGAACCCGGUGCGGCUGCAGAUCGUGGAGCUGGCCCAGCUCGGCAUGAGGCCCUGCGACAUCAGCCGCCAGCUGCGGGUCUCCCACGGCUGCGUGUCCAAGAUCCUGGCCCGGUACAACGAGACCGGCUCCAUCCUGCCCGGAGCCAUCGGAGGCAGCAAGCCCCGGGUCACCACCCCGGCGGUGGUGCGCAGCAUCCGGGACUACAAGCAGGGAGACCCGGGCAUCUUCGCCUGGGAGAUACGGGACCGGCUGCUGUCUGACGGCGUGUGCGACAAGUACAACGUGCCGUCCGUCAGCUCCAUCAGCCGCAUCCUCCGGAACAAGAUCGGUUCUCAGUCCCCGCACUACGAGAGCAUCAAACCGGGCCCGGCACCGCUGCAGUACGGACACGUCUAUCCGUACUCGUCCUACAGCGGCCCCGGGGCUCCCACCGCCUCCAGGACCGGCCUGCCCCGGAGCUGGCACAACAUCCUGGGCUUCCGAGCCUUCAUGGAGCCGCCAGCUCUGUCUGGAUCUGAUGGACAUGCAGCCAAAGUGGAGGACUGGACCAGUGUGACCAGUAUGCCCAGUAUGAGCGGCAGACCGUUUCCUUCCGGAAUCAACGCAGCAGAGAAAACCAGUGAACUGAACCUCAAAUACCCACAGCAGCACUCCUCAGGUCUGUCUGGUUACGUCUCAGCUUGUGCAUAUUCUCCUCCAAACCAGUACAGUGUGUACGGAGCUCCUGCAACCAACUACAUGAGCCCUGGACACCACUGGCAGGCCCAGUCCUCCAGUCUGACUCCCAGUCUGACUCCCAGUCUGACUCCCAGUCUGACUCCCAGUCUGACUCCCAGUCUGACUCCCAGUAUGACUCCCAGUAUGACCGCUGGUUUGAGUCACUCCAGUCCUGCAGCACCACUGGAGGCUACAGAUUUCCAUCCUACAACAUCUCUGAAACCUUCACAAAGAGAAGUCGUGGCCGGAUGGCAGCAGGAAGCUUCCAGCAGAACAGAACAGCACAAGCAGAAUAAUACUGAAAACAACAGAAGACGAUGUAAGAAAGCCAAAGAAAAGAUGAGCCACAAGAGCAACAGAAACUUCCCCUCAACAAGCACCAUUACGCUGCUCACAGAUUAUCUUCAGCCUCGUGACGACAUGGAGGAAAAAAACGAAGCUUCACUUUUCCCGUGCUGGAACUGUGUGAAGGAAAACGCUCCAGACCACAACUUGAUUUAGUGAAGAAGAGGUGAAGGAAGGACAAAAAAACAAAAGAAAAAUCAAAGAAGCAAAAAAAAAAAAAAAACUUAAAACAGGAUCAGCUUUUUUUUCCUUUUACCUCUGAUUUCUUAAACUGUACAUUAAAGAUGGAAGUUGCCACUGUGACGUCUCUGACUGGUUUAUGGACUGCAGCUUUGAGGCCUCAAGUCUGGAUUUUUGCCGUCACCAUCUUGUUUUUUGGAAACACAAUGUCAUGAGUGAGCUGUGGAUCUGACUAAGAACUUGAGGACGCUGUGCAUGGUGAGACGGUGGCAGUCUUCCAAUCACAAGCUGGCCUCGCUCCUAAACAUACCCUGCUUUAACGUCUGUUUUCUCUAAAUGGAACCAUAAGUUGCAAAAUGAACAUCAUGCUGUAUUGAAAGAGACUCGAAACAAGUGGUUGAAACCAUAAACAUACCAGGAAAAUGUUUGCCAUUAUAAUAGAUCAAGUGAAAAGUAGUGUCAUAGACUUAUAUACGGUUAGAGUCGCCUCCUGCUGGCUGUUAGAAAGAAUGCAGGUUUGAGACGCUUCCUGGUGGCUUCACUUUUCUGACCCUGAGGCUACGUCUGUCUUUUAUGCAGUCUUUGCCCUGACCUGAAAUAAUCUGGCUCCACGGUUUAAAAAAGUUUAAAUUGCAUUGAAGUUGUAUCAUCUUGUAAAGUAUAAUUUAUAUAAUAAUAAGCUGCAAGUAUAUUUUUCUAAAAAUGUGCUUAAUAAAGACUUAAUCAUGCAACAUAGAAAGGUUUUUCCAGAUGUCCACAUGGAGCAGAGCUGGCAGUCAAUUUCAUAAUAAAAAACAGUUUCUAGUUAAAUAUAGAACUUUUAUGGAGUUGUGUGUGACAUAAACAGACAUGCUUAUGAACUGAAUGGGUUUUACAGAAUCAUCUAAUUUUUUUCUAAUCAGUCAGUUUUACCCUCCUGCUAUUGAGGGUUAACAUUAGUUAUUAUCUGCCUUAAUAUUAACAUUAGAAGCUCACUGUUUAACUCCCACCAGCACAGUAAAAUAUACAGAUAACCUGACAUGGUAGUUCUGGUUUUCUUUGGUUUUUGUAAUACAAUCAUCGUAGUAUCAGCUGCUCAUAGCAGUGAAAGUGUGACGUCUCCUCCAGAUCAUCUGCAUUUACAUAAUCUGAUUUAUUGUAAAUUAGCUGGCAAAUUUUCUCCACUGAAGGACAACUUUAACUCUGUCUGAUCAUCUCUUUUGUGACCUUGUUUCGUGUAGACAUUUUGUCACAAUCUAUAUUUUAGUUUUUAUUGAAAGCAUUUUUUGUAAUGUUUGUUUAACCAAACAGCUUUACUGUUUUCUAUUUCAAUUCGUUAACACACAUAGAGGCUGUAUUAAUCCAGGGGUCUGCAAAUAGUUCAAAUCAUAGUUUAUUAAGAGGAAGCCAGUGUUUUCCAGGUGUGGUGGUGAUGUUGGAUGUUUGCAAUUGGCAUUUUCAGUUUGUUUAUUUCUCUUAAUACUUUUGUUUCAUAAAACAGUUUGUUACAGGAUUGUAUCUGAAGGAAGACGUAAUGUUUACCAGAGUAACACAAAAUAGUUUGGCAUAAAAACCACUCAGGUAUUUUCUUUAUUGCACUAUGAGACUAGAGAGUAGAGAUAAAGAAUAAUGUGAAUCUCUCCAUGUACCCGCUGUGUUGAUCCAUCAUAGAAGCCUUUUUUUUUGUUGAGUUAAGUGUCAGAAAAUGCUGAAAAGGAUAUUUCCGGAAACCCAAGUAAAUGUUGUUAGAUGUCAAGUUUGAGUUUUACAGUCAUAAAAAAUGGGAAAUCAGCAAAAAUCGACACUUGACAUUGAGCAGAACAUUGUUGGCAGCUUUGCUUUAAAUAAAUAACUUGAACAACGAA